UCGUAUUCCUAUAGUAAUCAUUUAAGUUAAAAGUUGUCCAUCGAUAUCGGUGAAAUAUAUAAUAUAGUACUGUCCCCGCCAAGUUGUAUCGUUUGGUUGCGCUUGCAGUGCAAGCGCAAGCCUUGCACUUAAUUUCAAACACGUGUAGUGUUUGAAUGAUUGAAACUUGAAUCCAUUCAUGAUCUGAACCUCUAGCAAAGCUGUCUUCCACGUUAUUUUGCUGUAGAUAGCCGUUAAUUGUUAAAAUCAAGUUUUCUUUGUGCGAAGUGACAGUUAAAGUGAUCGUGAUUCAUUAUGGGCGCGGACAACUCGAAGGAAGAAAAUAAACCCAAACCACCAGAGCGACGACGGACCCAGCAUGUCACGGUCACGCAGCAAAGACGAGGAGUCUCCAGUGUCUCCACAGACUUCCACUUCGAGAUAUAAGUCACCUGUACAAAGCCCUCCAGAGAGACCCCGAGCGCCUUACAGCUACACGACAGAGAACUUACAAAGUGUAAUAAAACAGAAUAAUCAAACAAAUGUUCUGGAAAGAUCCCGCAACAUAUAUAACUUUAACUCUGAGGAAUUGUACGGAAUCAGGCAAACGCCCAAUUUGUACCCAAAUCUUAACGUGAGCCGAGGCGAUGACAGCUUUGUUUACGUGAAUGACUAUGGACAAACAAGGUCCCCACCGCAGCCGUCGGCUCCUCCAGCAUCUGUGCUCAACGAUAUACCGACAUUACCGACAACACUCAACGCAUCAAAGCGUCCUUCAACGCCCCAAACGCCGCAAGUAACCUCACGGAACUCUUCAACGCCCCAGUCGACGGAAGGAGCUAUAAGAAGCGCAUUACAAGAGGCUGCAAGACACCCAUUGUCCCAAGCUAACGUAUCACCGCCUCAGGCGUCACAACUGUCUCAAAGACAACCAUUUUCUCAGGACAACGUGGUACAUAAGGUUGCUGUGUCUAACGCUUCGCCAAUGGUUCCUCCUCGGCCACCACCGAUCAACACUAGUCAAACCCGGGUGUGGACGUCACAGUCCAUAAACGCCUCUCCCAAUAAAAAUGGAACUCUGUCAGACGAUAAACACAAUGCACCAAGGCCUUCGGAAUCGAAUUCCUCUGCCAAUAAGAAAGGACCGAAAACAGGCGCCAGGGACCGAGACAAUAUCAGUUGCCCAACAUGCGGCCAACGCUAUGGUCUCGCCAUCUUCCAGUGCGGCAAUGGACAUGGUUCCUGUCAAGAAUGUCGCUCGGCUGUGAAGCCGUGCGGCAAAUGUCUGUCACCCAUCACAGCUAUGAGGAACAUCGCGAUGGAGGCUGUUAUAGCUGAUUUGAUCACUGCUUGUCCAACGACGGUUGCAUGUUGCGCUUUAAUUUCGAUGGGAUGGAGCGUCACUUCAAAGAGUGCCCGUUUGGCGAGAUGGACUGUCCAAUGGGUACCAUUUUUGGACAAUGCUCAACUCGAUGCAAAGUUGCUGACAUGGCUGGACAUUUCGACGUACGCCACAAGGAGCAACGCAUAGCAGAAAUAGGCAAAGAAAUGUACUUGUUCAAUAUAUGCAUGGAGACCCAAAAAAUGUACCUCAUAAAGAAUGGCCCGUACAACUUCUUAGUUCAUGUUAAGGCUGACGAGAAGGAACGUAAGAUUUCAAUGACGGUUCAGUUGUUGGGUACUAAAAUAAGCGCUGAUAAAUGGUCUUAUGAGUUCCACGUAUACAACAAAAGGCAGCCGAUGAGGAAGUAUCUUUUCGUGGACAGUUGUCAUUCGAUUGGAACUCCUGUCGCGGAUAUUUUCAAAGAGAGCCAGUGUGCUACCUUGCCUCUUAGUUACGCUAUGACUUUCGUCAAUGAAAGCGCUUUGACGUACAAGUUUUAUAUAAAGAAGGCGAUAAACCAGCGGGGACGUAGAACAGGUCCUAGGAAUAACGAUUACAACUAAAACAGUCAGGUAAUUAGGGUUGAGGCAAACAAACAGCUGCCUGCCUGUUUCUUCCCUUGUUAAGAUUUGUAUUUUAUAAGCUUUGGUAACCUCAGUCUGUUUCGAUUUUAAUAAAUUCUGGGUUUGAAUGCUGACCCAUUCACACAAAGUAAUUUAGCCCUAAACUCGUAACAGCAUGACACCAAAUGGACGUAAUUAGGUUCAAUUUUAUUUUUAAAGUCGGACGUUAAACUAUACGUACAUGGGAUUUGAAAUGAGGUUAUGAGUGGAAAGUUGGAAACGCCUUCAAUAGGUAAUUUUUAUUUAGUAAAAAUUAAAUGUAUUAAGACAUUCCCUAAGUUCAGGUGUACGGUUAGCUUACGAGUAAACCGUCUCUAGAUGUGUAAACUACAGAUUUAUUAUUUCAUGUGACUAUGAUAUAAAUGUUCAAUUAGAUAUUUUUAAGUUUUGUUAAUCUAACAUUUCGUUUAUCUAUUGCAUGUACCUAUGCGAAUAUAAAAUAAUCAUGAGGAUUAUAUAUAGAGAAACGCAUUUUACUACAUACCUACAUGCGAUAAAUUGAUGUAUAUGUAUGUAUGUUUUAAUACUUAUAAAGAAAUGCUAUCCACAGGGAGGAGUAUCCAUUAAAAAUCCUCUUAUAUUAAAAAUAAAGACAUUAUUAUACAUUGUAGGUAAUUUUAAUCUAUGAUUAUAUUUUAGACUAAGUACCUACAAGUUUUAUUUGUGCAUACUAUCUUAAUGAAUAUUAACUGUUCAAGUUUAGUUAUGAUAAGCACGUAGGUGGAUACAUUUAGCUUCAUAUUGGGAGUAAGAUAAGGAAGUAUAAACUACAUACAUAGUUCCUAGGAAUUCUAAACCUUGAACUUUUGUGUUACUAGCGGAUGUGAUUAUACUAGAAGAAAAUAUAAACUUUGAACAGUUUAAACCAUGCGCGGUGGUCAUGAC